GAAGUAAUCACUUCAGACAUAAUGACUAUAACUACAGGAACUUUUGAUCCAGCAACAACACUAACACUACCCACAGAUAGUUCCAUUCUAAAUAUAUUAACUAGCUCAAGUAUCAGUCCUACACCUUCUCAAACAAUAACUCAAAUUAAUAACGUAAUGCCAUCUAACAAACAGCCCACUAAUACUGGUGCCAUUGUAGGUGGAGUAGUAGGUGGAGUAGCAGGCGUAGCACUUCUUGGUGCACUUGCUUUUCUACUUAUUCGUCGACGAAAAUCUAGAUCAACAGAUGAUCGUGAAGUCUUUCAUCCUCAGGAUGAUGAUGAUGAUGACCAACAACAACCUUUUCAACAGAGUACUGAAAAUGUUUGGAAUCAAUCUGAUUCAAGCUAUCCACAAAUGUCUUAUGUCACUCAUUCUCCAUCUUCGAUACCUCCCCAUCAUAGUUUCCUUGAAGACCGACAAAAGUAUUAAGGGAAAAAAAAAAGAAGAAGAAGAAGAAAUGGAAGUGACAUUAUCAUUUCUCUCCUUUCAUUAAGCAUUAUAUGUAAUUAGAAUACUAUUACUAUUUUUUUUUUUGUACUGCAUUAUAAUGUUAAUUGUAAUUUUAUUUGUAUUACAUAAUAAUCUGCAGGAAAAAAAAACAUUACUUAUAAUAGGAGAAGGCAUACAUAAUUUUCUUUUUUAUAUGAACUCCUAGUUUCAAUAAAUAAAAUAGUUAUCUUUAGAAAACUUC